AUGUAUCAAUCUUUCCCGCAAGCGCAAAAUCUGGCGGAUGCCUAUCCCCUGCUAGAUACCAAUGAUCGCCGCCCUAAUGGAGACAGUGAUACAGACGAUGAAGUCAUCCGCAUACCCAAAAGAAAGAAAGCUUCGCAAUCGCCCCCGGUUGGUAUUCCAGAUCACGGUAGCAGCUUGACAGAAGCCGCUUUUCGCACGCCGAAGCGGAAACCGCCCAAGAAAAAGGCCCAAGAUCCAUCCUAUGCUAUAACAUACGAUGACGAUUCAGAUAUAAUGGCGGAUGAGCCUGUCACUCCUGAACCUAAUCCGGCAUCGAAAAGAAGAAAAACAAGUUCUGACAGUGAAAAGGAUGUUGAUAUGCCGAUUGCUAGUAUUGAAGAUACUUCCUCGAGAACCACAAUCAGAUUUGACAUACCUCAUGAACACGGUACUGGUCAUGGGGGCUGGGAUAACACAAGUCUCAAAAGGAGAAGCAUCGCACCCAUCGAUGACGAGGACGCAUUCGUGCCUCAAAGUGACGACUCGGACGACUCGGACGACUCGAUUCACAUUUCAGCAAAUGAAAAAUCGGAGGUCGUCUUUGACUUCUCCACGGAGAGGGCUCGACGCUGGACUGACGCAAACGAUCUACCGGAGAACAUCUACAAUGAAGCCGAGCAGGACCUUUACUUCAGACUUUCGAUGCGUGGUUUCGAGCCCGCUCUCCCGAGUCAUUGGAAGUUCGAUUUUCCAACUCUCCCAAUCUCUUUGUUUCCUGAGCCGGGUCUAGGAUUCAAGCCGAUUCUGCAGAUAUCUGGGGCCUCUGAGUUUUAUGCGAUCAAGUCUUUGGCUACCUUAUUCAGUUUGGGAGGGCGUGUUAGGGACUGCAAGAUUCUGCGAAAGAAACCGGAGCCUUUGAUAAGACAUUCCAUCAAGAACUAUAUUCGAUGGGCUAUGCGUGAUGCCAAGGUCUGCAUUUCAAAAGAUGCUGUCCCUCUUCAUGCUAUUUACGCACAACGAGAAGGCAUCAUGGAGACUUUGAAGAGACUUGAUCGACGCCUGCACUAUCUUGUCGGACAAUAUCAGAAAGUUCUGGGCGCGCCUCCUACGGAUGAUUCCCAGAACGGCGAUUCCUCUCAUCGAAAAUACCCCAUUCUUAUCGGAUCCAUCGUCUCCGGUCCGACAGUUGUCAUUCUGACUCGCAAUUCCGAUCCGACCACCGAGAGCGAGAAUACAGAUAGCACCUUUAUGUGCCAGUUUGAUCUGGGAGAAAGAGGCCAGGAUGUAUGGAACUCUCUUGCUAUUGCAAUUACGGUCAUGCAUAUCCGCAGGACUAUGCUGCAGCUGGCAGAGGAUGGCGUGGCUGGAUAUAGAAAGCUUUUGGAGGGGGAGGAAUUGGACACUAAGAGUUCCAUCAUGGACGCAGCCGAUGACCGCGAAAUUAAACUCCAGCGCGUAUCCGGGGAUCUUGUGAAGGAAUUCUCAGACAAAUUGCCAUCUCUGCUUUGGAAAACCCGCGCUUCCGAGCAGGGUGAAAUUCGAGUCCCGCGGAGAUGGACGCACGCCGCGAAAACAGAGAGACUCGUUAGCCUUCUAGAGCCUUUUCAAGAAUGGCCUCAGUUAUUGGAUCCACACCUCCAAAUAGUGCUGCCCUCCUUGGUUGAUGCGUUCUUAGCAUACCUAGUCAAGCAUCGCGAUCAAUAUGCCUUGAAACCAGCAAGCUCGAAACAGCAGCAGGCUGUAUACCCCCUGCCAAGAGCGAUCUGUCGGCUUCUUUACACAUUUUGUAAGGUCCGUGGGGUCAAGGUGAUCAGUCGAUUUCUAAGCAAUGAGCCCAAAUACCUCGACCCUUUACUGCGAGCGUUUAUUGAAUGGGACGCAAUCCGCCAAGAUGAUGCACUGGAAACCUCUGUCAGCGAUAGUUCGCAAAGACUGAUCUGGGAAGAGCGCUAUGUCAUGCUGAUUUGGCUUUCCCACUUGCUGCUGGCCCCCUUUGAUCUGUCCUCGAUGUCAUCGGAUGAUCUUCCAGUCCCAUAUGAUAAUCUCGGCCAGCUCAAGCCCCUGUCCCCUCAGACGCCGGCAAUCGCAAAGUCCAUUCUCUCAGUGUCCCUGAAUUAUGUGAACGUUCCCGGGAAAGAGCGUGAGGCCGCCACCGCGCUUCUCGCACGCUUGGUACUUCGAGGGGACAUGCAGUCCCUAGGACUCUUGACGUACCUGACAGAAUGGGCAUUUUCUAUGAUCGAACCCGCGGACAGACCUGAGCCUCCUACUGUCUACACCUGUAUCGGUGUACUGUCUUUUCUUGCACGUCUUGGGGCAUCCGGCCAGGUGGAAGACUUUGCUCCACUCAUCGUACCGGUCUUCCAGAAGACCCUGCUCGUUGCACAGGGGAUGUCAGAUGUAUCCGAGAUUAUCAAGACCUCUGCGCUGGCAAGGAAGAUUAUCAUCAAAAUUCUCCGCUCAGUGACGGUCAUGGCCUUGUCCUUGAGUGAAAGGGCUGACAAUCCACUUUCGGAUGGCCAAUUCUCUUCAAUUUUAGAAGAUGCAAUCGAUCAUUUCUUGGUAGCUUUGGCUGAUAAAGACACUCCCGUGCGAUUCGCUGCAAGCAAGGCCUUGAGUAUAAUAACGCUGAAGCUUGACUCGGAUAUGGCAGCAGAGGUCAUCGAGGCCGUCACUGGUUCGCUGGAGGAGAAUAUUCUAUAUGAAAAGCCGGAUGGUGCCAUCGUGACCCCGUUAGAAGCCCGGAUGUUUGGGACCAAUAAAAUGAAGCGAAACCUUAGCGCAGUGGAUGCUCAGCGAUGGCAAGGCCUGAUACUUACAUUGGGCCAUCUCCUGUUUCGUCGUGCUCCGCCCACUCAUCAACUUCCCGAAGUGCUCCAACCGCUUAUUUCCGGGCUUGAAUUUGAGCAAAGGUCAUCUACCGGAAGUUCAGUGGGCACUGGUGUACGGGAUGCCUCUUGCUUUGGCAUAUGGGCUAUAUCUCGGAAGUAUACAACCCAGGAACUGCUCGCUUUAAGGCCGCAGACAAUCAAUACAUCUACAGCCCAGGAUGAAACAAACAUCCUGCAGAUGCUGGCCAUAGAGCUAGUAUGUGCUGCUUGCGUGGAUCCGUCGGGGAAUAUUCGGAGAGGUGCAUCUGCUGCUUUACAGGAGCUCAUUGGACGGCAUCCUAAUACCAUUUACGAGGGAAUCCCGCUGGUUCAAGUGGUUGAUUAUCACGCCGUGGCUCGUCGCUCAAGAGCAAUGAACGAUGUCGCAAAAGCUACUGCAGACCUGAGCCAUCAUUAUUGGAGCCCUCUGGUUGAAUCGCUGAUGCACUGGAGAGGUAUUGGAUCACCAGACGCCGAGUCUAGGAGACAGGCAGCAAAAGCCAUCGGGAACCUGAGCACCCAGAAUUCUUACAAGUCAUUGAAAAUUGUGCUUCAGCGAUUGAUCACCAAAUUUACGAAUCUUCCACACAGCGACAUUGAGGGGAGGCACGGCUGUUUGCUAGCACUUUCUUCGACGGUUGAAGCUUUCAAUGUCUGUCGUAUGAACUCGGAGGAUGGUCCCGAGGCAGCAAAUGUUGUGCAUCAACUAGAGGAACUCUGGAACAUAUUCAACUCCCCAGCCGGCCCUACCAAGAAGGACCUAACACUUCAAAUAUCACGUCCUGAAUUAACAGCUGAAGCAGCUGCAUGUCUGAUUUCCUCUCUCUCUCGCUCAGUGUCGCAAGAGACGGUGCCAAAAGUUCCACAACCGUCCGCUGACGUGCUCGACAAAGCCCUUGAUACUCUUUUGCUCUGCGUUUCUCGAGGCGAAGACAUUGCCAUAGAGACAUCCUCUUCAUCACUAUCUGGUAUAUUCCCUCUCUUGGCUUUAACAAAACAGGAUGGAAUAAUCCAAGGCUGGUUCUCGCACAUUGGCGCUACUCGGAAGCUACCAACUGGCCGCGGUCAAAUCUCAGUCCUGGGUGCUGUUUUCAAGCACCUUGGCCCAAAGAGCGAUUUGAAGCAGUCAAUUGUGGAGGAGUUGCUGCGAUGCACUGAGAAAGACGAAUUGAUUGAAAAGCGAGUAAUGGCCGUGAAGAGCUUGACUACGGGUGUUCUUCCAUAUUUAGACGAAAUGGAUGCUAUCUCAGACCAUGUGAUUAGUUUUUUGAAUGACUAUACUACCGAUAGACGCGGUGAUAUUGGCUCUCAAAUUCGGCUAGAGGCAAUCCAAUCAGCAAAUAUUCUCCUUCAAACGAAAUCGAAAUCCACAGUUCAUGCCUCUCAUGUUCAGAACAUUGUCGGAUGCCUUUGCCGAUUGGCAGCUGAAAAGCUGGAUAAAGUUCGCCUUCAAGCCUGGCUAUGCUUGCAGAGUUUCUGGGAGUCAACCGACGAGUUCCCACAAUUAAAAAGACAAUACGAGCAUUUCAGCCAUGUGUCCUCGUCGGAUUAUUUCCUGCAGCUCUUCGAUCUGCAAGCAAUCGAUUGGUUGCGUGUCCCGAUCCUUCAGGGUAUUGCAACUUCCGCCGUCGCCGGAGCCGAGGGACUUAUUCGUUCUUCGCGUUCAGCCCUGGUUGAAUGGAUCAACAACCGGGAGGCGGAAGACCGGCUCAUCACAGUGGUUUCUGUCAUCAAAGAUCUCCUGGUCAUAUUGAGUGACAACCUACAAGAUGAUCGCUACGCUAUACCGGUAAUGGAGCUACUCGCGUUUCUUUUCCGAAAACUGUUCGUCCUUGUACAAAAGGCCCAUUUCAAAACCUCGAAUAUCGCAAGACUAGAAGCAGCAAUCAGAGUGUAUGCGUGCCUAUGUCGACUGGAGCCACUGCGCAUUGAAGCGCUCAAGAAGAUGACGGGCAUGCUUUUGCAUCCUUUCCCAAGGGUUCGAAGUAACAUUGCGGAAUACUUGUAUAUGGAAACCGAGCUGGACAAGGUCAAAUAUGAGGAUUGGAUGAGACAACCUAAAGAAUUGAAGGGUCUUGUAGAAGGGUUACGGGAGACUUGGGGCCUGUUCGACAAUUUGACAUCAUAUCAUGAAAUCUUUACUCCACAGCUCAGCAUCCUCUCCUCAUUGAAGUCCCGCAGCUCCUUCAAGACAGUUACCGACUCAAUUGAUCACAACCCCGAGAAGUCGCAAAUCAUGGCGGCCGUACCAGCCUCCACGGGAAGUAUCCCGCCCAACAAUACAGUUUAUGUUCGUAACCUGGAAGAAAGAAUCAAAGUCGAACAGCUGAAGGUCGCACUGGACGAGAUCUUCUCGGAAUAUGGUAAUAUCAUCGAGAUCGUCGCGAAGACCAACUUGAAGGCCAAGGGCCAGGCAUUCAUUGUGUUCGACGACGUGGAAUCCGCCACCCGCGCGAUCGAUGAAAUCAACGGGUUCGACCUCUUCGACAAGCCUAUGGUCUUGGACUAUGCGAAGACGAGGAGUGACGCUACUGUUUUGCGGGAAGGAGGCAAUGAGGAGCUUGAGGUUCAUAAGCGGAGACGGCUAGCUGAGAAAGAACGCAAACAAGCCCACGAGGCUCUCGAAGCUCAAAAGAAGCUCAAACGACCUCCCGUCGGGCCCGAAUCCACGCGCCCUGCCAAAACCGCCAAAGGAGCCGGCCUCAAGCCCACCAGCGGGGCCGCCACGACCGUCAUCCCCGACGAGUACCUGCCUCCGAACAAGAUUCUCUUCCUGCGGGACCUGCCCGACACCGCGGACCAGGACAGCCUUACCGCCGUGUUUGGUCGCUUCGAGGGAUUUCAGGAAGUCCGAACUGUGCCGGGCCGCAAGGGGAUUGCGUUCGUCGAGUACGAGAGCGAGUCCGGUGCGAUCAGCGCGAAGGAGGCGACUUCGGGUAUGCCGAUGGGAGAGAAUGGCAAGCCUAUUCGGGUCACGUACCAGAGGCAGUAA